UACGUUUCUUGCAAAGACUGAGGCUAGAAUUUAUUGUGAGUGUUGUAUUGACCCACGGGUGCAUCUUUCAGUUUAGAUUACUGCUGAUUUGAUCCUCUGGAAUCUGCGAAAGGAAGUUUGCCAGCCUCUCUGAAUAGCUUUGCAGAGUAACAGGAGUGGAGUUCCCGAGCAGAAUCGCUGAGAGAUAUGUGAACGAGUGUGAGCAAGGCUGAGGACAUCGGUAUUUCUGCCUCAAACCUGGGCUCAUUCCCCAGUGUCUGUGUGUGGGGUGAAUACCCUUGUGGCACCUGGAGAUGAUGUCGGUUGAAGGGUCUACGAUAACAAGUCGGAUCAAAAAUCUACUUCGCUCCCCUUCCAUUAAGCUGAGGAGAAGCAAGCCUGGGAACAAGCGAGAGGAUAUAGGCAGCAAGGUGACUUUGGAGAAAGUGUUGGGCAUAACUGUGUCGGGAGGAAGAGGAUUAGCCUGCGACCCCAGAACUGGCCUCGUUGCUUAUCCGGCAGGGUGUGUUGUUGUGCUGUUCAACCCUAGGAAAAAUAAGCAACACCAUAUUCUAAACAGUUCCAGGAAAACAAUUACAGCACUUGCUUUCUCUCCAGAUGGCAAAUAUUUGGUUACAGGAGAGAGUGGACACAUGCCAGCAGUUCGGGUAUGGGAUGUGGCUGAGCGAACCCAGGUGGCAGAGCUCCAGGAGCACAAGUACGGUGUGGCCUGUGUGGCUUUCUCCCCCAGCUCCAAGUACAUUGUUUCAGUGGGGUACCAGCAUGAUAUGAUUGUCAAUGUGUGGUCAUGGAAGAAAAACAUCGUAGUGGCAGCCAACAAAGUCUCAAGUAAAGUGACAGCUGUGUCAUUCUCAGAGGACUGCAGUUACUUUGUCACUGCUGGAAAUCGACAUAUCAAGUUCUGGUACCUGGAUGACAGCAAGACCUCCAAGGUCAAUGCCACAGUCCCCUUGCUAGGUCGCUCAGGAUUGCUUGGAGAACUGAGGAACAACUUCUUUGCGGACGUGGCUUGUGGAAGGGGCAAAAAAGCUGAAAGCACCUUCUGUAUCACAUCCUCAGGCUUGCUCUGUGAAUUCAAUGAAAAAAGGCUGCUAGACAAGUGGGUGGAGCUGAGGAAUACAGACAGCUUCACAACCACUGUGGCAAACUGCAUCUCUGUGAAUCAUGACUACAUCUUCUGUGGCUGCGCUGAUGGCACCGUGCGGAUUUUUAACCCUCUGAACCUUCACUUUGUCACCACACUGCCGAAGCCACACUUUCUGGGAACAGACAUCGCGAGUGUGACUGAGGCCAGCCGUCUUUUCUCUGGUAUAGCUGAUGCGAAGUAUCCAGACACGAUCGCCUUGACAUUUGACCCCACCAACCAGUGGCUUUCCUGUGUAUACAACGACCACAGCCUCUAUGUGUGGGAUGUCAAAGACCCGAAGAAAGUGGGCAAGGUGUACUCUGCUUUGUACCACUCCUCCUGUGUGUGGAACAUUGAGAUGUAUCCAGAGGUGAAGGACAACAACCAGCCAUGCCUCCCUCCUGGCUCUUUCAUCACCUGCUCCUCUGACAACACCAUUCGUCUGUGGAACACUGAAAGCUCCAACAUCCACGGCACAGCCCUGCACCGCAACAUCCUCAGCAAUGACUUGAUGAAAAUUAUCUAUGUAGAUGACAACACUCAGGUACUUCUGGACACUGAUUACAACUCAGCAGGAAGUGCGGAGAAAGCUGAUGCACAAGUGAUGGAUACGAAGGUGGGGAUACGCACUGUCUGUGUGAGUCCCAGUGGGGAGCACCUGGCCUCAGGAGACAGGAUAGGCACUCUCAGGAUAUAUGAGUUGCAGUCUCUGAAAGAAAUGCUGAAAGUGGAAGCCCAUGACUCCGAGAUCCUGUGUCUGGAAUACUCCAAACCCGACACAGGUUUAAAGCUCUUGGCCUCAGCCAGUCGGGAUAGACUGAUUCAUGUCUUGGAUGCUGGGAAGGACUAUAGCCUGCAGCAGACCCUGGAUGAACAUUCUUCUUCCAUCACUGCAGUGAAGUUUGCAGCCAAUGAUGGGAAAGUGCGAAUGAUAAGCUGUGGGGCAGACAAGAGCAUCUAUUUCCGCACUGCGCAGAAGACAGGAGAAGGGGUUCAGUUUACCCGAACACAUCACAUUGUUAGGAAGACCACUCUCUAUGAUAUGGAUGUGGACCCCAGCUGGAAAUAUGCAGCUAUUGGAUGCCAGGAUCGUAACAUCAGGGUUUUCAACAUAAGCAGUGGGAAGCAGAAGAAGCUUUACAAGGGAUCCCAAGGUGAAGAUGGCACUCUUAUCAAAGUGCAAACGGAUCCCUCUGGUCUUUAUAUUGCAACCAGUUGUUCUGACAAGAACCUGUCUAUCUUUGAUUUCUAUUCUGGCGAGUGUGUUGCAACCAUGUAUGGACAUUCAGAGAUUGUAACCGGGAUGAAAUUCAGUAAUGACUGCAAACAUCUGAUCUCUGUUUCUGGUGACAGCUGUAUCUUCAUCUGGCGUCUGAGCUCAGAGAUGACCAUCAACAUGCGGCAGCGACUGUCUGACAUGAAACAGAGAGGGAAGCAGGCAGAGAAGUCUCCUCCUCACAAGGCAACUGGACUCAUGAGGCACGAGUCCAUCUCUGCCCUGUCCUCUGUGCCUGCACUCUCAUCAGACAGUGACAAGGAUGGUGAAGAUGAGGGGAAUGAUGAAGAUGAGUUACGUGGGCUGCAGUCUUUCCGUAUUCAAUCCAGCUGCAACACUGAGAGAGACUCAGAUCCAGACCUUACCCUCUCAAGAAGUCUUUCCCAUUGGGAAAUGAGGAGGGCCAAAGAGAUAGCGGCAAUCCAGCGCUCAGAGGCUCCAAUGAGUAAGAUGCCCCGACAACGUGGGCGCUGGUCCCAACCAACCAGCAACAUAGAGAUGACCGUGAAAUCCAUGCUUGACUUGCGUCAGUUGGAGUCCUUCUCUGUUUCCCGUUCUCCAAGUCGAGACUCGCUGUCUCAAAACAGCAAUGGGGAUGACAGAGAAGAGCACGCUGACCUUCCUGUGCACAUCAACAAAGUUAGCAGCUCAAUACCUCCCCAAGAUAACGGGUCUUGUGUACGACCCCAAGUGAUUCGGCUUGUGUCUUGUGAAGAGGGGAUUUUCUCUCAGGAGCUGGAACCUUCAGAGAGUGAGGAAUGUGUAAUCUACCCUGAGCAAGAUGAAAUCCAUCCCACAGACUCUAGCAGUGAGUUCCAGGUAAAAGCAUUGCCCCAUGGAAAGCUAUGUAGAGGUUAUCACAGUAAUGGAUGCCCAGACAAGCACAGUCCGGACAGUGCUUGCUCUGUAGAUUACAGCAGCAGUCGUCUGUCCAGCCCAGACCAUCCAAAUGAAGAUUCUGAAAGCACUGAGCCCUUAAGUGUAGACGGCGUUUCUGACCUGGAGGGAGAAGAAGGAGAGGAGGAUGUGGGUGCUAGCAUGCCAGAGGGAGAAAUUCCCCAGAUACCUGAUCAGGAAAAGUUCCUCAAGGAGCAUUUUGGGACCCUGAGCAACACUGAUGGAAAAGGUGGCUCAUGUAGGAAUCUGGAAAGAACUGAAAACCUCAGCAUUUCCUCUCGCUUUCUUUCCCAGUCCCCGGCUCUCAGACGAUUGUCGCUCUCUUCCUCAAAUCUGGUACUGGAUUCAAAGCCCAUUGAGCUGACAACCCAGACCAAUCGGUUUACACCAGACCUAUUGAAAAGUGCCAGCAGCCACCCUGAUGAUGCACUGGAGAACAGCCAGCUUCUGGAGCGUGUAAAUUCAAAUCGCGAUAUUUAUGUGCAGAAAAGACGCCGAUCGGCUUUGGAGGCCAGCAGAGUUGGUAUGGCUCCGGGGCGAGUUAUUGCCUCCUUUCCAGAAGGUCCUGUGAAUGCAGUGAUGAGAAAGGCGCAGUCAGUUCAUGACCUUGUGCAUGAGGAUAAGGGUCCUGGAGUGAUAUCCUCUGCCAAGCAGCGUCCUCAGACUCUUUUGGUGGUUGAGAAGGAUCCCAGACCUAACAAUUGCAGGGUGUUAUCAGCCAGUGUGUUGAAGAUGGAUGGAUCUGGUGCUCUGCUGGCCAAAGAUGUCAGGGCUGCAAAACCAAAGUCCUACAUGAACCCCACAACCAGCUUCCGGGCUAAGAUGUCAAGGAGCAUAUCUGUAGGGGAAAAUCUGUACCUUGGUUCCUCCACUGAAAUGUUGACUGAUGGGAGGACUAGCCCUCCAGUGACAGAGAAGACUCAAGUUAGUUCUGCAGCAGACGCUGAGAAGAUUAAGCUACCAGUGAAAGAAAAUGUUCCAGUGAAACCCACACUUCAGCCAGUUGUAAACUGCUCAUCUCCCAAGUCCUUCCACAGCAAGUUGGCAUCAUCAAACCGAGCACAUCUGAUUCUUGACAUUCCUAAGCCGUUGCCUGAUAGACCCACAUUGGCCUCCUUCUCACCCACUACCAAAACAAAAACCCUGCUUGAACCACAGUCUCCACAGUCACCAGCUGGGGCCUCUAAAAAGAAACCUUCUUUUCCUGAGGUCCGAGCCUCCAAGAGGGAGAACCAAACUGCCGGGUCUCUGGUUCCUAGUAGAGAGAUCCCAACAGGGCUUGCUAAGGAGAGCCCAGUGGAUUGUUCAGUCUCAAGGACAGAUUGCCAGGAUGAACCAGGGGUCAGUAAUCUAAAACUGAGAGAGUUGUCAGAGGGCCUGCACCUAAGGUCUCCUGAGGGCACACUGCCCAGGUGCAGGGAGAGGAUCACCGGCAUCGCCUGUGUGCUAGACAACCAACCUGGACUUUGCCCACUAGACUCCAUCAGGCCGAGGUCUCCUACGUCUAUAACUGCCUUGGCACAGGUCUCAGAAUCGGGCAUCAGCAUAGAGCAGUGUAAGCACGUGGUAUCUGAGCUCCAGGACAGCAUGCGCAGGGCCAUUCACCUUUACCGGAUGGUGUUAAACAAUACAGAAUCUUCUACUGACAAAGAUAAAAUAGCAGGCCUCCUGACAGAAACAUUCUCCUCAAUGAAGAAAGAACUGGACUCUCUGAAGGAUGAGGAAGAGCUUCCAAAGGUUGAGGAGGUACUGGCAAAGCCACAAGAUAACACUAACCCGUUGAAUGAGGGGUGCGGUGCCAAUCUACCGAGUCCCAAGGGUUUGGGAGAUGAGCAGACACUAGCUUUGCUGGAACAGUACUCGGAGCUAUUGCUACAAGCUGUGGAACGACGCAUGGACAAAAAGCUCUAGAAUGGGUGGCUUUCAGGUGUUUGUGUGUACACAGAAAUAAUCCCAAGAAGAGGACCACAGAGAGAGCUUCAGACCAAUGCUAUCAUCACGCUGGUCUAGGGCUGAUGGGGACACCGUUGUAAAUGAAUUUCCUCAGGCUCCUACAACAGACUUGCUCCAAUUCUUAACAAUGUGCUGGCCACAGUUUUAAUAUUUUUCUUCAACUUCCUGUCUCUAAACGAAGUCUUGAAAGAGGAGUUUGGAGAAAUUGCCUUGAAGUUUCUUCAUAGCCAGUCAGGAUGUUUGGCACUUAAAAAAAAACAAAGAAAUUCCAGUUUAUCCAAGAAAUUCUGAACUGCUGACUAAAAUCAAAGGAGUCCAAGUGAAGCCAAUCCUUUCCUCUCCAAGGCUUCAGGAGAAUCAAGAAGCAGACUUUUUCUGGGUUUAUUUAUUAAUUUAUUUCUCUGACUGUUCCUCUGUGCCAUGUUUGUGGCUGUUAUCUUUGUCUUUUAAAAGAACUGUCAAUCCCUUUGCCAUAUCCCAGCGAGAAACAAUCUCUGUAUUAUAAACCUCCAACAGGGAGACAGGCUGGAGUGUCUGUGCAAUUAAUGAACUGUUCUCUGCUUAAAUCUUGUCUUGCUCUUCUUUCUUUUCCUGCCUUAGUUUUGUUACCUGCAGUAAUCCUGCUGUUGUUUGAUGACUCUGUCUGCUUUUCUUGUGUUUCAAGACAGACCCCACACUGUAUUUUAUCUGCAUUCACUUCCCGGGGAAUGCUCUGCAUCCCUUGGACCAUGCUUUGGAGAUUACUUUAUGAAUUCCUAGUGGUAUUUUUUAUCCAGAGUUUGAUGUUAUAUUGAUACUUCAGACCAGGUUUUCUGCAGAUAUUUUAAAAAUGAGAUUUAGAUACAAUACAAAAGCCUGUUUCAGCCACUUUUCGUAAUUAGGAAUUGGGUAUUGACUUUGAUGUUGUCAUGACUCGGAAAUUUGGGGUGAUGAUUAAUUUGUUGAGAAGUGACACAGAAAAACUUGUUUCCAUCUCUUGCAGUGUAACUCUGGAUCUGAGAGAUCUUCAGUGUCAUGACUCAUCAAUGUAAUUUGUUUCAGUGUGAUAGGAAGAUGUUUUCUUCUUGCCUUUACAGGAAAACAGAAUAUUCACAUCUCAAGAAAGUUGGGAUUCUUUUACCUUUUGUAAAGCUAUUUCAACUCCCCACGGAAAAUGAUUUCCCAAGAACUUCAAACAAGAUAUUUUGGGGUGUGAUUACUACCAUUACCCCUACCUCCAGCCUCUUUGCUUUUCAUGAACUUCUGAUCUGAGAAACAGAAAAUCUUGUCUUCUUGCAUUUGUAUGUGCAAUAUUCUUCUUGCCCUGUGGAGCUUCUCUAAGCCCAUGCUAACUUGUGUUUGUUGUGGCUUAAAACUGUCCAGUGAUGUUUUCAGGUCAAUAAUAAGCUAAGAAAAAAAAAAUUUCAAACCAAUGAAAUUCUUCAGCACCUUCCCCCUUACUCCCACUCCUUUCAAAAACAAGGGCAGAUACACAAAAUGUUUUAUUUCUUUCAUCUGCUGUCUGUCUUGCAUUUAUUUUAAGGCAGAGCAGUGUAAUCCUAGUUUAUAAAACUAAUGCAAGGAACAAGCCUUUGGUGAGAGAGAGACUACCAUCAUCUGUGGAAGUCAGGCAAAGGCAGCUAGACUACAUCACUUGGUUACAUAGGUUGGAAAAAUUUUCUUUCAUUUUACUGUCCUGGCUUUGUUUCUCUGAAGCCCUGUGGCACUUGGAGAUGUGGUCUGUUGACUUCUCUGUCUGUGACUGCACAUCUGCAGUGCAACCUUUUUUCUACUGGGCUGACUAGACUAUUGUAGGAUGACCUAUUUCUUCCAAAUAACUCUAGGGCUGAAUAAUCUGCAGUUCUCUCUCUCCCCCUAAUAGGUUUGCUGCCUUAUCACCACUGCUGAGCACUUCAGGACAUGGGACUAUGGGGAACACUUUGAGAGCUUUCCAGCUACUUCUGCCUGUAAUUUAAAUCUGCCUAAUCAUGUUUCAGGUGUCCUUGCUAACCUUCCUUCCAUGGGCUCAUACUGAAACUUUAAAAUUUUCUAGUUCUGUCUCUGCACUGCACUGUGCUGAAUCAGCUGGUGUGCUUGGUCCCAUGGGCAGCUUCUCUUGCACAGACAGGUUUUGCGAAGGAAGGCAAGUUGAAAACCAGAGAGGAAAUAUCUGGCGGUUUCUUUGAGUGAAAAGGUCUGCUGGAGAGGCCGCAAGUGGAAUGUAUGAUGACAGUCAUAUUGGGUCUGUGAUGGGAGUUAGUGUGGAUCAAGCUUGCUUUUGAGGUGACCAGUUCCUCCACUUUCAGACUGUGAACAUAUGUCUUAGUAUACAGGAAAUUUCUUGAUGUACUGGGGCAAUAAGACACUCAGGAAAAAUAGCAGUCCCUUCAAUCCAAGUAUCUUUUGGUACUGUUGAUAACGGUUUGAGGGUUCUUUAUAUGACUUCCUUGUGCAAUUUUAUUCCAUUUUAUUAUUUAAACUUUGAGGUAGUGACAAAAAAGUCAGAGAUGGUACAGAAGAGCCAGUGGUGAGAAUGAAAUUCCCAUUAAGAUAAAGAGCAACAACUAGUAAAGCUGGCAUAGAGAUAUAGAACAAAGCUCCUUGGAAAUGAGUCAUGUGAAACAAAUCUAGCUUCUAAGCUGAUCACAGUGGGUUUUGUUCCCGGGAAUGGAUUUUGCUCAGGGUCGUGGCUGUAUACAGGAAACCAGAGGUAAAAUCUGAUCAGAAUGAUGGUAAGAGAAGUGUCAGGCAAGUAGAUGAGCUGGAGAAUAGUUGUGUAGUUUAAAAUAAAUUUAGAGAAGUAUAUGUAGGAGACUCGGGAAAACAGAGUAGAAGUAGAGGUAGUUUUGGCCUGAAGAACACCAUUUGGCCAAUACCCAUGAAAGGCAGAGUACUGAAAAGCUUUAGGAAAGUAGAUUUAGGACUUGGAGAUGAUGGUCUGUAAUUGAAGAAUGAAUUGGAAGGGGUUUGUUUUUAAAUAUGUCCUAUUGGGCCUCUUGUUUCUUCUCUUGCUGUUCCCUAAGCAACUGCUCUUUUCUCAAAUGGCAAAGUCAUGACCUGUUUGUUUAAGGCUUUGGUGUUAUGAAUUGAGUAGUAGAAGCCCAGUAAAGGAGAUGCUGGUGCCAUGAGUUUGUUGCUGAGAGGGAUGAGGAAGCAGUGUUGCUCUUUAUAAUUUGACACUGAUCCAACUGAUUCUUCCCUAUGAACUUCCUAUUGCUGGCAGUAGGAAAUAUUCCUAAACAUUCUAGUUUACAGAACAGAGAGGGUGUAAAUGUGUUACAUUUUGUUGCACCUUGUGAGUAUGUUUCAUCACAGGCUGUCCAUUGGGUCAGGUAGAGAAAUACUGAAUGGUAACUGCAUGGGAAGCGAAGAGGCUUGUCAGAGGAGCUAAUAAAUAUGAGUCUAUCCUUCUUAAUGGUUUAUGACCCUCUUACUGAUUUGUGUGGGUAUUAGCACAGACACAAGAUACCUGUGUUAAGACAAGUUAUUUGUUUAACAUAAAGCCUUUAAAAAUAAUUUGGACUUACCUAUCCUCUUUGCAUACAUUUUUUCCCCCUCCAACCUAACAUUCCUGGUCAAAAUGAGAAGUUGUAGGGGAGGUUUUUCCAUCUUAGAAAUAGUACUGCUUUACCCGUGAGACCCCUCAGUUCAUUCUAGGGCUCUCUUGAACUGGGACAGUAGGAAGGGCUGCAACCUGAUAGAGCAGCAAACUCUCUGUUUCAUGCUGCAGGCUUGUCACACCCUCCUCCCCAUACCCCAAUUGCACCCAGGAGCUGUGGGUAUGGGAGUCUGCAUUUCUUCCACCUCCUCUCUCAGGUUGUCCUCUCCUUUCCAUGCAGCCUCCCACGUGAUAACUGGGCCAAGGCUUUACAGCAGCCCCCUCCCCAGUCCCCCGUUUUGCAGACUUCAUCAUGACUCAGAGGGAUUUGGAUGUUUCUUUCUGGGAGUAGAAACAUACCAAUUAAAUUUUUUAAAAAGAACGAAUAUGUAUAUAAAUAUAUAUAAGAAAAAAAAUGAAAUGCAGGUAUUUAAACGCCCUUGGUAAAUUCAUGCAUGUAUACAGUGUCUCCCCCCACCUCCACCCCUCUGGAUGUGUAGCAUCCAGGAUACUAAAUGACAAGAAACCUCAUUAAAAUGGUAGACAGGUCUUCUAGCAACCCCGGAGAGAAGAGGUGCUUCCUUCUCUGGGUAAGUCCCGCGUCCCGUGUUUCAGAUCGUGUGUGCGAGUAAGCGGGGGGGCUGGAGCUGUGUUGGUGUGUGUAACCUGCUGCGCGGCGCGGCGGAAGCCGUGUGGGGCAGUAGCGUAAGGAACAAGCCAUGUGAACCCCCUGUGCCCUUGCGUGCGCCUCGCACCAGGCAGGCACCUCCUCACCUGUGUUCUCCGACACUGCCCUUGUCCUUCACCCCUGUAAAAAACCAAGACAAACAAACAAACAAAAGUUCCCUCAUGCUUUAUUUAUAAAUGUGUGUUUUUAUACUUUUGGCUUUAGGUAAAGUACUUUUUUAUUAUUAUUAUUAUUUGGAAAAAGUAAAAAUUCGUUUGUUGGGUUAUUUUGUUUUUGGUUUUGCUUUGUUUGUUUUUGGUUUUGUUUUGUUUUUUUUUUUUUCUUUUCUUGCACUGUGAGGCUCCCCCGGGAGCAGUUUUUAACUCUGUAUUCAUUUGUACUCCGUGUCUUAAACUGUUUCAAAUAAACACGUGACCAUUUGUUACCGA